AUGCAUCAUAGUCACCCUCUGAGAGCUGGUUACCACACAGAGCACUGGGUCACAACUCCAGAGUUUCUGAUCCCCUGCACACUGCAACCAGAGCGGGGAAAUAAUGGCUCCAGGGACCUGACAAGUAACACGACUAAAAAGAAGCGAGACAAUCUGGGCAUCGCUCUAGAGAUUCAUGGGCUAGAGAAGUUGUCACAGUGACGGAGAGACCUGGAGGCUGUGAACUCCAGGCUCUGUUGGGUGGAGCUAAGCUCAGAGGCCAGGAGGUCUCUGGAGAAGGAGAAAAGCAGCCUGAUGAACAAAGCCUCCAACUAUGAGAAGGAGCUGAAGUUGCUUCGGCAGGAGAACCACAAGAACGUGUUGCUGUCUGUGGCCACCUUCCUCCUCCUGACCCUCGUCUAAGCCUCCUGGGCCUGGUGAGCCUGAGAUUUCUCCAGUCAGUGCGGCAAUAUUUAAUAGAGUCCAGGAGUCAUUAUUUCCCUGCUCACCAUGCGAGCAGAGCCAAAAAUAAAAACCAAACAUUAAUUAUAAAAAGAUCCUCACAAUUACCCUGUGAGGUUGACACUGUCUCCAUUUUACCAAUGAACCAGAGAGGAGAGGUGAAGCAAACCUCCUCAAGGUCGCACACUGCUUCACCCAGGAGCGGGUGCAUGGCAAGAGAGUCAAAAUAUUCUCACCGAGUGAACGCAUCUGUGAACAUAGAUGGCUAUUUGAACCCACGUCUGACGCCAAAGCUCAGACUCAUUCCACCACAUUAGCAGGAAGCGCUGAAGGAGGUUAUGGAAGCUCUGGGGUGGGAAAGACUGAAGUCUUUCUCUCCCUCUUUCCUCCGCUGACACCAACCCCCCCACCCCCCCACCGCUUCCUCUCUCUAUUGGUUUCUUUUCUCUAUGAAAGUAGUAAUCUGACUAAAUCUUCUCUGAGUCUCCUGUCAGGGUUCAGGGUCUGACCCAGGGGAGUAGAAAUGAAAAGCAGUAGGGAGGAGCUGGCCCCAGAGAAUCACCUGCCAGAGGAGUGAAGACAAGACCCAGGUUAUGGGCCCACAUCAGCCCCAGGGCGUCACCCCGCCUCAUCAGAGAUGAGGCAUCUAGAAAUAAUUCAAGUAGGUGGGGUGGAGGAAGUGUAGUUGUUUCAGUUGAGAAAACUUAAAAAAAAAAACAAAAACAGAUGUUCUUUUUAGCAAUCUAGGGGGUAGGGAAGGAGUUCUCUUUGAAUUUGUCACUGCGCACCUUUCAUGUAUUAUCUCUACAAACAGAGCACACUAAUUGGGCUUCCCCGGUGGCUCAGUGGUAAAGAAUCUGCCUGCUGAUUCAGGAGACGCAGGUUCGAUCCCUGGGCCAGGAAGAUCCCCUGGAGAAGGAAAAGGCAACCUAUUCCAGUAUUCUUGCCUGGGAAAUCCCACGGGCAGAAGAGCCUGGUGGGCUACAGUCUGUGGACUGGCAGAGUCAGACAUGACUCGGUGACUAAACAUCACAAAUUGAUGCUUACAUUGAAAAAUUUAGAUACUACAGAUAACCAAAAGAAAAAAUUCAAAACUUGUUAUUCCAUGGACCAAAAAUCACCACUGAUAAUAUUUUCCUUUAUAUUCACCUUAUCAACUUACUAAUUUAUUUCUAAGUAAACUUUACAAGAGUAGGUUCACCUUGAUCUUAUUGUUUUGUAACCUGAUUUUUUUUUAGCUGUAUAUCAUGACCAAGGUCCUUUUACUGUCUUCUUCAAUAUCCAUUUCAAUGGCUGCAUGCUCGUCCAUUACAUACAUACACCAUAAUGGAUAUACCUAAUCUAUUGCCUGAUACUAGAUUGUUUCCAUUAUUUGCUAUAUCAAUUUUCUAUAUUCUGUAUUUCUAUAUAUCAAUUUUCAUUAUUUGCUAUAUCACAUUAUUCAUUUUUGGGUUACCCAUGGUUUGAAAGAGCCCCACUGGAUCAAGAAAUAAAAUACUCAUGCAGAUGUUUCA